AUGUCUUUCGUCGAGGUUCAGAAGUAUGGUAUCAUCAAAGCCAAGGUCAAGGAGUUCACUGAUUCAUUGUAUUCACUGUACGCGUGUGACGGAAAACAUCCUUUUUUACUUAUGUCGCAAUCCUGGGUGUCGAAGAAUGUUGUAGCACAACAAAGAAUCAUAUAUAUAGUCGAAGAAACCCUCAUGGAGACAUGGAAACCACGAGGCACCCACGGAGGGGGAUUUACUCAUGAAGACAUAAGGGAUCUUGAAUCCAUGAUACCUCCCAACUUGAUGAACACCAUUAUUUAUCACCACCAAGAGAUAUCGCCUGCAGCCACUCCCAGUCCUCCUUCAUCUCCAUCGACAGUACCAGCUGGGCGAGCAUCUGUUCAGCAGCGAAGAGACUCUCCCGGUUACGAAGAACCAAUGAUAAUGUUAGGCGAUAUGGACAUGGGAAAUUCCAGUGGCUCAGAAAAUGGAGGGCAUAGUCCACGCCGCUCUUCUCAAAGGUAA